UUUCACUAAAGUCGGGUUUAUGAUUCAGCGUUCUCUCAAGAGUGCGCGCGCUGAGUAAGAGGCCAAAUGAAAAUGAUUCGAAUUUGUGCAGUACAGAAGUCACUACUCACUAGUCGUCGCUUUAGCUGAAAAACAAUUUCGCAUUUUCCGGUUUUCCCCCUUUUUCACACAGUGAAAAUUCAGAUUCCUCCGAGUCUCACUCCAUGAUUUUUCCCUCUCUAGCUCUCCAUUUUUUCCUCUCAAGUUACUGGUUCUCUGUGACCGCCUCCACUUGAUAUCUUUUACCAAUCUCUGUCGAAACCACCAAUUUUUUUAUAACCCUAGGGCUUCAAUUCCCAAUCAAAGCCGCAAAAAUGCCGUCCGUGCCGGCUUCCGGCAAAAUUAUCCGGCUGGAGGUGGAGAACUUCAAGUCAUACAAAGGACACCAGAUAAUCGGUCCGUUCUACGACUUCACGGCCAUAAUUGGCCCCAACGGCGCCGGGAAAUCCAACCUCAUGGACGCCAUAAGCUUCGUGCUCGGUGUGCGUACGGGUCAGCUCCGUGGAGCUCAGCUUCGGGACCUUAUUUAUGCGUUUGAUGACCGUGAGAAGGAGCAGAGGGGACGCAGGGCGCAUGUCAUGCUUGUGUACCAGAUGCCGGACGGAUCGGAGCUCGAGUUCACCCGGACGAUUACGCCGGCUGGUGGCAGCGAGUACAGGAUUGGAAACCGCCUUGUGAAUUGGGACGACUAUAAUGGGAAGCUGAAGACACUUGGUAUUCUGGUCAAAGCUCGGAAUUUCCUUGUGUUUCAGGGAGACGUGGAGUCCAUUGCUUCUAAAAAUCCUAAGGAACUGACUGCCCUAAUUGAACAAAUAUCUGGUUCCGAAGACUGCAAAAGGCAGUAUGAAGAGUUAGAAGUACAAAAGGCAGAAGUUGAUGAAAAGGCUGUGCUUGCUCAUCAGAAAAAGAAAACCAUUUCAGCUGAGAAAAAGCAGAAGAAGCUGCAGAAAGAGGAGGCCGAAAAGCAUAUCAGUUUGCAAAAGCAACUGGUUUUUUGUUAUACUUACAUCUUCAGUACUGCAUAUUUCAUUUCUAAACAGAUGUUUAGCUUGAAUUUUGUCUCUGACAAGGCUUUCAAGUUAACAACUAGUUUCAUGUCCAUAAUAUCUAUGCAGAAAUCUACGAAGCAAGAACACUAUCUUUGGCAACUGUCAAACAUAGAGAAGGAUAUUGAAAAAGCAAAUGAGGACUUGGAUGUUGAAGAGAAUAGCCGGAAAGAGAUUGUACAUGAGCUGGAAAAUUAUGAAGCUGAAGCAAAGAAAAAGAGUCGAGAACAAGCUGGGUAUUUGAAAGAGAUUGAAAAAUGUCAGAGGAAGAUCGCCGAGAAGCAGAAUAGACUUGAUAAACAAUCUGAGCUUGCAAAGUUGAAGGAAGAGACUACCCGUAUAACUUCUAAACUGAAGACUACAAAUAAGGAGCUCAGUAAGAAAAAAGAAGAAAAGAGAAAACACGCGGAGGAGGUUGAGCGACUUGAGAAUGACUUGAGGGAUGUGACUAACCAACUUGAAGAGUUGCGUGAAAAAAGCCAGGAUGCUGGUGGAAAGCUUCAGUUGGUUGAUAGUGAACUAGAAACAUAUCACCAGAUUAAAGAGGAGGCUGGGACGAAAACUGCAAAAUUGAAGGAUGAGAAGGAGGUUUUAGACAGGCAGCAGAAUGCUGAUAUUGAAGCGCAGAAGAAUUUGGAAGAAAAUGUUCAGCAGUUGCAAAAUCGGAAGCAGGAGUUGGAGUUGCAGGAGAAACAAAUGCAAAAUAGACUGAAGAAGAACCUAGAUGCGGUCGGAAAACAUAAGGAUGAACUCACCAGAGUGAGGAAGGAACAACGUGAAAUGAAAGAUAAGCUCGUUGAAUCUAGGCGCAAACACGAUAUGUUGAAGGCAAAAAUUAGUGAUUUAGAUGAUCAGCUACGGGAAUUAAAGGCUGAUAGGCAUGAAAAUGAGAGGGAUGCCAGGUUGUCUCAGGCAGUUGAAACUCUCAAACGUCUAUUUCCUGGUGUUCAUGGGCGCAUGACUGAUCUCUGCAGACCGACCCAAAAGAAGUACAACCUUGCUGUCACUGUUGCUAUGGGUAGAUUCAUGGAUGCAGUUGUAGUUGAGGAUGAAAAUACAGGAAAGGAAUGCAUCAAGUAUUUGAAAGAACAAAGGCUACCCCCACAGACAUUUAUACCUCUUUUAUCAGUGCGUGUGAGGCCAGUCAUAGAGAGGUUGCGCACCUUGGGCGGAACUGCAAAGCUUGUGUUUGAUGUGAUUCAGUUUGAUCCCAAACUGGAAAAUGCCAUUCUGUUUGCUGUUGGAAACACCUUGGUUUGUGAUGAUCUCAAUGAAGCUAAGCAUCUGAGCUGGACUGGGGAAAGACUAAAAGUUGUGACUACUGAUGGGAUUUUAUUAACCAAAUCUGGUACAAUGACUGGUGGCACAAGUGGCGGAAUGGAAGCACGUUCACAUAAAUGGGAUGACAAGAAAAUUGAAGGGCUUAAGAAGAAAAAAGAAGAUCUGGAAUCAGAAUUGGAAAAGCUUGGAUCAAUUAGAGAAAUGCAGCUUAAAGAGUCUGAAGCAUCUGGAAAAAUUAGCGGCCUUGAAAAGAAGAUUCAAUAUACUGAGAUUGAGAAGAAAAGUAUGGAAGAUAAAUUGAAUAAAUUGAAAGUGGAGAAGCGCAGUAUUGAAGAUGAAAUUGCACGUGUGAAGCCUGAGCUUCAAAAGUUGGAAAAUGUUAUCAACUCAAGGGCAUCAAAAAUUGAAUCACUUGAAAAUAGGAUCAAUGAUAUAAUUGAUCGAAUCUACAAGAAAUUCAGUGAGUCUGUUGGCGUAAAAAACAUUCGUGAAUAUGAAGAAAACCAUCUCAAGGCUAUUGAGCAAAUAGCUGCAGAAAGAUUCAACUUGCACAACCAGCAAUCGAAGCUCAAGUACCAGUUGGAGUAUGAAAAGAAACGGGAUGUGGGUUCACGUAUCACCAAGCUGGAAUCAACAGUGGCUAACUUAAAAAAUGCUUUGAAGGAUGUUGAGAAAAGGCAGAAUGAAUUGAAGUCAGCAACGGAGACGGCAAAUGCUGAGAUUGAAGCUUUAAAUGAAGAAGUCCAAGAAUGGAAGUCGAAAGCAGAGGAGUGCGAAAGGGAAAUCCAGGGGUGGAAGAAAAAGAUCUCAGUUGCAACAUCUAAUAUUACCAAGCACAAUCGUCAGAUUAAGUCUAAGGAGGCUCAAAUAGAGCAACUGACUUUGCGGAGGCAAGAUAUACUGGAGAAGUGUGAACUAGAGCAGAUUAACAUUCCAACAGUUGAUGACCCUAUGGAUACUGGAUCAUCAAUCCCAGGACCGGUUAUCGAUUUUAGUUCACUGAGCAGAUCACUUCAACAGAAGACAAAGCCAUCUGAAAGGGAGAAGAUCGAGGCAGAUUUCACACUGAAAAUAACUGAGUUGACCGCUGAAAUUGGAAGAACGGCUCCUAAUCUGAAGGCACUCGAUCAGUUUGAGGCUGUGCUUGAGAAGGAAAGAGCUGCUUCCAAAGAAUGGGAAGCUGCCAGGGAUGAACAGAACAAAAUAACUGCUGAAUAUAACAAAGUUAAGCAGAGAAGGCAUGAAUUAUUUAUGGCAGCUUUUAACCACAUUUCGAGCAACAUUGACAAAAUAUACAAUGAACUCACAAAGAGCAAUACGCAAUCGGUGGGUGGGGUGAGUAGCACACAUGCGGUGGGUGGGACUGCGUAUCUGAAUUUGGAGAACCCUGAUGAGCCUUAUUUAUAUGGAAUAAAGUACAGUGCAAUGCCCCCGACCAAGAGAUAUCGGGAUAUGUCACAGCUAUCUGGUGGUGAGAAGACUGUUGCUGCACUUGCAUUGCUAUUCGCAAUCCACAGUUUCAAGCCUUCACCAUUUUUCAUACUGGACGAAGUAGAUGCUGCACUAGACAACUUAAACGUGGCCAAAGUUGCUAGCUUUAUUCGGUCGAAAUCAUGUGGUGGAGAAAGGAUGGACCGAGAAGCUCAAUUCGGAUCUAGUUUCCAGAGUAUUGUGAUCUCACUUAAGGAUAACUUUUAUGACAAAGCCCAAGCUCUGGUUGGCGUCUAUCGGGAUUCAGACAGAGGCAAAGAUAUUGAAAAAGUGCAUCCCCCCACUCAUUAUGAAGCUGUAGCAAAUGAAUUGAGUGGCUCGAGUGCUCAAGUAAAGAGCUUGAGCUUGAUGGAGCACGAGUCAAGCUUGAGAUGCUCGAACUCGAACUUGAGCGGAUGA